UAAAUUUUUCAGCUGUAGGGCGGGGUUUUCGCCAAACUGGCUUGGGGAAAUAAAUCAAGAAGUGACAAACGAAUAGAGCCUAACUCUUAUAAGAAGUCGGAAGUGCAUGAAAUGAAAAUAUGAAACACUUGUUUGGAAAAAGGGGAUUAAUUUACUGUAUUUGUUUUAUUUUUGUGUAUCUGUUGACAUGCUUUUCAGUCGCCAAAGCAGGCUCGCACUCACUGAUGGCUUUUGCAACAUAUAUAGUUGGGCAGACAUCAUUUCCAGAGUUCAGUGUUGUGGUGAUGUUGGACGAUGUGCAAAUAGGAUAUUAUGACUCGGUCACAUGGAGUAUUUUACAUCGCAGUGAAAGUGAUUCAAAAUAUGAUAAUGAAGAGAAAAGUGACGCUGAUAUUGUAUUUUUUGAAAUGUAUAACGACAUGAAAGAUCGGGCAGUUCAUUUUAAGGAGCACCUAAAUCACACAGAUGGUGUACAUGUUCAUCAGAGACUUGUUGGAUGUGAAUUGUUAAACAAUAAUAAACCAGGUUUACUUCAGAGAUGGGAUGCUUUCAAUGGACAAGAAAUGGAAGAGUACACCUUUGACACAGAAAAACAUGAUAUGGAGACAAAAAUAACAUGGAGGCCAUGGGGCCAAAUGACAAGACUUCAUAUGAAGUUGCUGUGUGAAAACAUUUAUCAACCUAUUUGUAUUAAAACUUUGCGGAGGUACCUGCACAUGAAAAAGAACAGUGUGAUGAGAAAAGUGAAACCCAGAGUCAGACUCAUGAGGAAGAAACUCACAGACUCUCAAGGACUUAAGAUCAGCUGUCUGGCCACUGGUUUUUACCCCCGUCACAUUAACCUGACUCUGUUCAGAGAUGGUCAGCCUGUGGAUGAUGAUCAGAUCACAGGAGGAGAGAUUCUUCCCAACGGAGACGGAACUUACCAGAUGAGGAAGAGUUUGAUGAUCAGCGCAGAAGAACUACGUGAGGAACAUAAUUACAACUGUACAAUGAAGCACCUCAAUCUGGACAACAAACUGGACAUUACGUUUGAUGUGGAUGAAUCUGACCCAGGAUCCAUUAGUCUGUAUGUAGCUGUCAUUGUGCUGGUGUUAAUGUUUGUGGCUGUUCUCAUCAUAACUGCACUCAUAUUGAGGAAGAAGAAAGGUUCCGCUGGACGAGGCUCUGAGACGUCAAAGAGUGAUUACUCCCUUACCCCAUCUUCCACGCAAGAUGAAACAUGAAAAGUGAGUCUAAAUAGGCCUAUAUUAAAUUCAAACUUAAAAUUAAAAAGCCUUAGCAUUUUCUCAGCGAUACAAUCAAGUUUUGUUAUGAUAAUGACAAUCAAGAGAUAUUUGAUUAAAACGACAAAGGAAUGUAAUAUAUUUACAAUACAAUAACAGAUAGUGUACAGUAUAUGCAAUAUAAAAAUUAAGCCUGUUUUUCGUUGUUGUUUUGCUGGUCCAAUGUGAUCUGUGUUUUAUUAUUCUGCUGUACAUGCAGAACCUUUAGAAAACUGUGAUAUCUACUGGAGAAUGGCAUUUGCUGCAAACAUGAAAAUGACCAUUCAAAGACAUAUAGCGAAUAUGGGUAGAACUCUUUACUGCCCUAUACUUCAGAAAUCCUUUUAAAGGUAUACAUGUGAAUUAAACGUGGCACAAUGGCCUUCAUCAUCACAGUAUGCUAAUGCCUAUCUAGUGCGAGGGAUUCAUCAAAAUGCUGAUUGAGGACUGUUGGGACAUUCCAGGCACAGGAUGGUUCUGUCUGGAGAGACAGAGUCGUUUACACUUCAAUGACACAUCUGUACCAUUUGCUUCACAUGACAUAUAUGCUUUCAACUACAUACUAUUUAUCUACUAGUGUUUUCUAACAUGUAACUAUGUCAUGUUUGGUCUCAUCUGACAGCUUAUAAACUGAACUGAAUGGUAAUGUACUUAAUAGAGGUAUCCUAAUGUACAAUCUAGGUAUUGCUUAAACAUGCAUUAAGGAGAAUAUGUUAAUGUAUUUCUCCCCCUCUUGAUCACUGUCCAUUUGCCAUAUCUUUUGGUUUCCUGUGAGUUGGUUUUGGUGUUGGUAUUCCACUCAUGUAAACCAAUGCUUUGCUUAGGGUACAAGAAGGAAAGGUAACUGUUGAUCUAGAAGAAAGGCUUUUACGGCUUCUUCUGCACAGCAGUGCAUUAUUUGUUACUACUACUAAGUUUUUUAUACAGUAUGUUGUUCCAUUCUACUGUCUGUAUAUUUAAACAUGUAACUUAAUAAAUAACUCUGCCUGCUUUAAA